AUGCCAUGUUGCAAGCUCGCAACGGUCGUGCUGGUCGUCGAGAAGAACUUUGGCGCUGCUGAGUUAGCUUAUAUCAGCUUGUCUGAUCCUGUAGUAGCUAGCAGGGCAUGGAGAGCUCAAUUGCAGCUCAGGUUCUUCCUUACUGAGGAUUCCUGGAUCAACGACCAGGCUUCCACGCAUGAUAUCUCUCUGCUCGAAGGAUGCGCCAUCGCUGUCGACGCAACUUAUUAUCUAUGCCAGCUUCUCGAAACGUCUCCUGCUCACGAACCCCUGUUGUCAGCUCUGGGUGGUCUCACUGGAGUCGAGGCACACAUAAACCAGAACCUUGAUCUUUGGGCAAAGAAUAAGAUUGUUCCUUUCUUCGUUUUUGACGGCCAGCCCGUGACCGGGCAGGAUGACAUCACCUUGGAUCGUGGCCUCAAGGCCAACAAGAAGACGGAUGAGGCAUGGAACCUGUACUCUCAGGGGGCCGCUGAAGAGGCGGUGUCAACCUUCGGUACUAGUCCAGCGCCUUACACUGCAUGCGCCCAGUGUUCAGGUGUGAUGGGCUCUCAGGAGCUUCUCUUGUACCCUGUCAAGGACUCCGUUCUCCGUACUUUCGACUGGGAAGCCAAGACCGUUACUGCCAUUUCCAAGAAGAAGGUGAUGCGUAGCCUGACACCUACUGCAAGCGAGCCUAGAUUCAUCGAUUCUUUCUUGAUGGCCGGCACAUCUUUCCUUUCUCCUUUCCCUGGUCUGCUGGAAAGCUCAAUCUAUUCGGACUACAACAUCUCAACUGCUGCCAAUCUGCUGAGGACUGCGGAAAACAGUGUCGCAACUGCUUGCGCUAGCUUCAACGACAUAUUGCAGAACAAGGACGUUGACUGGCUCGACAAGUACCGCAAAGCGAGGAUGGUUGUCCACCACUUCGUUUACAUCGCCGAGAGUGGUGAGAUCCGCGUCAACGACUAUGAGCACUUGACUAGCGACAACCACGAGUAUCUCGGUCUUCAGCUUCCGGCUGAGAUUUUCCACUACCUCAAUACCGGCUUGAUUGGACCUCGCCUGCUGGGAAACAUCACCCACGGACAAGUUCUUAUCCAGCCUACGUUGGAUGGAGUUGCGUCAGACGAGUACAAAAAGCUGAUCACUGACAGAAUAGUCCCCAUUAAGGAACAGGCUCUCUCUCUGCUGAUCCCCAGACUUCACCGUGGUAUCCAGCACAAGAACAUCAAAGUGCGGGUUUGGUUUGACCCCAAAUAUUCAUACACCGUCAACCACCGUUCUAUCAACCCUCCACCAUCACAGAUGGUUGCCAGUUGGGAUGUCAAGGACGAUGAUGUUCGAGCAUUUUUCCCUGAAGAUUUUGCGAGCCCUGUUUCGUUGGAAGUCUUGUCGCUUGUUAACACCGAAUUUGUUGACAAGACAUUCCCAAAAGAGAGGCCCAUCAAGGGAAUCGACAGCACAAAUAUGGUAACCUCAGUUGCUAUUUGGCGUUUCCUUCACUUGAGGGGAUACGCUGAUGACAAACACAAACUAACAAAGUGGGGCAAUGCAUUGGCAGCUACCCUCAUUACCCUCCAAGAUGUCAAGGAGAGCAACCCUGAGGUUACCGGUCUGUCAGAGGCGGCCCUCGUCGCGUUUGAACUCAUCCGAAAUGGGCUUUUGACAGGAAAGCACGCCGAGGGCCAGCCUGGUCUGCCCCGAAAAGGCUCUUACGAGGAGAAGGCAACCCUUGUGCUGAUCAGCGAGUGUGCGUCCCUGCUGAAGCUUCGACACCAAGUAUACGGCUACACCGGCCCUCUCAACAAAAGCCUUCUGAGCUUCUGGUCGUUGGCUUCAGCCGUGAGAGAAGCUGACCGGGAUUUGAUUGAGGCUAUUGUGGCUUCGAUGUUCUUGUAUGGACAGUCCAAGCGCGAAAGGGAUGACCAGCUGGAGAUCAGCCGACGCCUACCUUUCCAACAGGAGCCUGACAUUGGUCUCGGCAUUGCUGUGAGGACCUUCUUCGACGACGACGAAGCAGGCGGGGACAAGGAGGGUCGACUGCACCGACUGGAAGAGUUCCCUAAGACGUUCGUUCCAUACGCCGAGUCGCUGACUGACGACUUCCGAGUUGCGCGAGACUUUGUCGACGCACUCGCCAAGGGCGUGGAAGCGCUGGGCGCGGAGCAAAUGAAGGCAGAGGACAAGGAAGUCUGGACCAGAGCCCAGGCGUACUUCGCGGCGCGACCUUUCUAG